UCGAGUCUGUUUUACCCUACAUUUUUGUCAGUUCUGUUCAACUUUUUCCCCAAAAAAUCCAAACUUUUCGGGCAUUUUUCAACGAUGUCCGACGUGGACGAUGACUAUAUGUGCGAUGAUGAAGAAGACUAUGAUUUGGAAUAUUCAGAGGACAGCACGUCAGAACCUGACGUUGACCUAGAAAAUCAAUAUUACAAUUCUAAGGCACUGAAAGAGGACGAUCCUAAGGCAGCUCUGCAGAAUUUCCAGAAGGUUCUUGAUCUAGAGCAAGAGAAAGGUGAAUGGGGAUUCAAGGCUCUUAAACAGAUGAUAAAGAUUAAUUUUAAACUAGGCAAUUAUGAAGAAAUGAUGACUCGUUAUAUACAACUCUUGACAUAUAUCAAGAGUGCAGUAACUAGAAAUCAUUCAGAGAAAUCAAUAAACUCCAUCUUGGAUUAUAUUUCAACAUCUAAACAGAUGGAAUUACUUCAAAAUUUUUAUGAAACUACUCUGGAAGCACUGAGGGAUGCAAAGAAUGAUAGACUAUGGUUCAAGACAAAUACCAAGCUUGGGAAGCUCUACUAUGACAGAAUGGAGUUCAAUAAAUUGUCAAAAAUUCUUAAACAGUUGCAUCAAUCCUGUCAGACAGAUGAAGGGGAAGAUGAUCUGAAGAAAGGAACACAGCUUCUUGAAAUUUAUGCUUUAGAAAUACAGAUGUAUACAGCACAGAAAAAUAACAAAAAGCUCAAAGCAUUGUAUGAGCAAUCUCUUCACAUCAAAUCUGCCAUUCCACAUCCUCUUAUCAUGGGUGUGAUCAGAGGGCUUGAACCAGUGACCCAAACCGCUGGACUCACAGCGGCCAAGCCCUAUAAGAAUGACCCAGAAAUCUUAGCCAUGACAAAUCUAGUCAGUGCUUAUCAGAACGACGACAUCAAUGAAUUUGAAAAGAUCCUUAAAACAAACAGAAAAAACAUAAUGGAUGAUCAGUUUAUAAGAGAACAUAUCGAAGAUCUUUUACGGAACAUCAGAACACAAGUAUUGAUAAAGCUUAUCAAACCUUAUACAAGAAUCCAUAUUCCAUUCAUUUCUAAGGAACUCAAUAUUGACAGAGAUGAAGUGGAGAGCUUGUUGGUAUCGUGUAUACUAGAUAAUACAAUUCACGGUAGGAUUGAUCAAGUAAACCAGUUGUUAGAGCUCGACAGACGAUCGCAAAGCGCCGACAGAUUCACAGGCCUUGACAGAUGGACAACACAGUUAAACUCUCUUCACACGGCCAUCAUCAACAAGAUUGCGUGAUUCAACAAGUGCUAUGUAUUCAUUGUUGCUUCUUCUUUUAUUUCCUUACCUCAUUCUUCACCUGGUGGUUUGUUCCCUUUUGAUAAAUAUAGGUUAAUUUAUUUUCGUAUAUAACCAAAAGCAGUAAUAUCAUAAUUCCUUUUCCAAUUUCCCAUUUUUCUUGGAUUUAAACUCCCGGGUGGAGAAUUGAAUAUCUUUCCCUCAACUCUCUCGCAGGAUUUUCAUAUUGAACACACAAAUUUUGGUUGCUUUAUUAUUGCGAUCUCAUGGUGUUUUUCCUGAUAUUAUUGGUUACCGUAAACAACCAAUAAUUAUCAAGCUUUUCAUGCAACCAAUCAGCUUAUGAGAACUAUUGGUUGACAUAAACAGCCAAUCAGCAUCAAGCGGACUGACCAAUACAGCCAAUCAGCGUCAACUUGAUUGACCCCUACAGUCAAUCAGCCUCAAAACAAACUGACCCAUACAGCCUAUCAGCGACAAGCUGACCUAUCCAUAAAGCCAAUCAGCGUCAAGCUUAUCGCCUGACCCGUUCAGCCAAUCAGCAUUAUGAUUUAUUUUGACAUACAUAACCAACUUGAGGCAUGAUUUUUGACGUAAACAGCCAAUGCAUGCAAAGGUCUUUAUUGACKGAAAGCGUCAAAUUUGAUUGGCUGAUUUAUCAAGCCAAUCAUCGCAAAGAUGAACCAUGAAGGAAAUAUCCUAAAGUUUUAUUGGCUAAUCAGUAGCCAAUGAGCUUCAGGCUAUACUAAGAUUUGUAUGCCUGACCCACAUGGCAAGAUAAUUUAACAAUGUCUGCAAAACUAGUUCAAAAUACCUAUUGAAGUCUGUCAAAAGGUUUUCCCUAAAAAGGGGGGAAAAUUGCGAUAUCCAAACGGCUGAUGUAACUGGUGUAAAAAAUGAAUUCUGUAAAAUUAAUUGUAUACUUGCUGCCAUAAAACCGUGUAUAUUAGUCGCAGCAGUUUCAUGAUGAUGCACUUAACAAAUGAAAUACUUUAUUCUACA